AUGAGCAGCCACGAUCAUCAAGCAAACCUGCAGGCUCAAACCUCAUCAUCGUCAAAUCCUGCUCCUUCUUCUGGAUCGCCAGCUGCUCAAACUUUGAAUUUUGAAACGUAUCUGAGAAGCUUUGAAAGCCUCAAAAACGCUAAUGACACUGUUAACCUCACAAAGUUGUUAAUUGAGUUGCGUGAUCAUUUAGAGAGUGCUUCGUUACCGGAAUGUUUUGACUUUGCUUCUACAAUGUUAAAACCAUUAUUGGAGUUCCUAAAUGAUGGAGUAAAGCCUAAAUUCAGAAAAGAUGACAAAGAUCAUCUACUUCGCCAAGUGAUCAUUGAAAUUAUUCAAAAAUUGCCACAUACAGAAUUAUAUGAAGAGAGAAAUGGAAGAAGAGAAGAACUCACUCUGCUCAUGAACUCACUAAUCAAAGUGCUAAAAACGGACAAUGAGUUGAACGGAGUUGUGGCAAUUCGACUCAUAAUUGAUAUUUACAAGUCAUUCAAAACUAGCCUUCCAACUAUUGUUCAACCUGUAGUCGACAUUUUUCUUCAAUUUUAUGCAAAUUUCGAAAAAACAAUUGAAAAAUAUUUAGGAAGAAAACCAAAAAGAAAUAAUUUAUCUACUGGAGAUGCCAUUAUUACAGAACCUUCAGAUCAAGCUUACGAUACGAGGGAUUAUCUAAUACCUUGCAUUGAAAGUUGCAAAUUUAUGAUAGAAUUACCUAUAUUUAUUAUAUAUUUCUUUAGAAGCAGUCCUUUGAAAGAUACAACCAGUUUUACCACACUGUUCGAGAAAGUGCAUGACAUUUUUAACUAUGACAUUGCUGUUUCUGAUGACAUUAUGGCAUCACCUAUUGGAAAGGAACGAGUGGAGGAUUUCAUGCUUUUGCGAGUGAAGACAAUAUCGUUCCUUGUUUAUACAUCCAAAUACGUCGAUAAGAAAAAUGACAAUGGCUAUGUGAAAGAUAUUCCUAGAUUUGUCAUUAAAUGCCUGAAGGAAUGUCCUGAUGAAUGUAUUACACCAAGAAAGGAAAUGUUUUUGAUUAUGAGACACAUUGUCAAUGAAAUUCCAUUGGCUCAAAACGAACUCAGUGGAAUUUGUUCUCAUUUUAUGCCCUACAUGAAUGACCUGACGAAUGACUCUGUUUUAAUUGGAAAAAGUAGAUCAGCCUAUGAAACUGUCCGUUCAUCAGCCUAUUCCACAGUUUUAGAAAUACUCAAUUUCAAUCAAAACAAGAUUGAUUUCACUCCAACACAAAUGUCUUCAUGCAUAACAUUCUGCACUAAGUUAUUAUGUGAUACCUCUCUAGGAUUAGGUAUUCAUGCACUGGCUGUGGGUUUAUUGGUUUCAUUGUCUCAAACCAUUUACAAAAAUAUUGCUGCGCAAAUUCAACAACAACAACAACCAUCAUCAUCAGAAAAUGGCAGCACCACAGAACCUCCUCCUCCUCCUCCUCCUAAUAAUAAUACUACUACUACUACCAACACCACCAACAUUUCAGAACUGGUGAAUAUGCCUCACAUCAUCAGGUUCAAGGAAAUACUUUUGAGUAUUAUCCGAGCAUUUGUACAGAAGGUUAAAUAUCUUUCCAAGCUCAUCAAAAAGAUAUCCAACUCAAAGAAAAAGCCAAUAUCGACUGAAAAUGCCAAUGAUAACUCUAUGAUAUUGCCAUUUAGUCCAUACAAGUUCAAUGAGAAUUUUAUGAAUGAUAUUACCUACUGCUGCACCAUGUUUAAACAUCUCAUAUUCGGUUUGAAGACGAUAGUACUUGUUUUCACCUCUGUACCAAGAGAUGAAAGAUCCAAGUUCCCAGAAUUACCACUCUUGAAUAAGCUUUUCAGAUAUGGACUUGAUUGCUUUGAUAUUUAUAACCUGGUUAGUGAAGAUACAUCGAAUGUUGAAUCAAUCACCAAACAAAAGAUUGUCGAAGAGGAGAAGGACAUUUUCAACAAUUAUUCCUCUCUUUAUACAUCUCUCUCGGCUCCACUUUUCACAGAGAUAUUUAAAACUCAAUUUGAGUAUCUCUACAAAAAGUUGUUGGAUGGAAGGCCAAUGACUUUUAUUCACAUACCAGCAAAUGUUUUAUCAUCCAAUCCAAAUAUUGCUUCUGUAUUUUCAGAGAUUUUACUUAAAUUCUUAUUGAAGAGAAUGGACAAAAUUGCAAAGGAUCGAAAAGAAGCCCAAUAUAUGCAUAAUUUAUUCAAGUUAGUUUUUGGAUCCACAGUUACCUUUCCAAAGAAUGAGUCUGUUCUCAAGAAUCAUAUGACUUCAAUUGUAACGUCAUGUUUUACAUAUGCUUCCAAAUUCAAGGAGUGCAUGGAUUAUUAUUUGAUUUUACGGUCUCUCUUUAAUUCCAUCUUAUCAGCCAAGUUUGAUUUACUUUGCAAAGAAUUUGCACAAUUACUUCCAACAGUGUUAGAAAAGCUCUCUGAUUUGGUGAACAAUGCUCACGACAGGGAAACAAGAAAUUUAUUUGUUGAACUUUGUUUGACAGUUCCAUCUAAGUUACACGUAUUAUGUCCUUACCUUCAUUUAUUGAUCAAACCAAUUCUGUAUGCUUUGCAACCUGGUGCUAGUGAGAAGGCAACGACUGCUGCAUUAAGAAAUUUGGAUUUGUGGGUAACAAGCUUACGUAAUGAAUCUUUGGAGGCAAUUUUGAAACCUGUUAUUCCAGACCUUCUCAAAGCAUUAUUUACUCAUCUAAAACCACAACAUCAUGCCAAUGGAGCGACAGCAAUGCGAUUACUUGCAAAAUUAGGAGGUACUCAUCGACAGUAUAUGAGUGAAUUGACAUCAGUCAAUACCAAGGAACAUUCAAAUUCACUCUUCUUUAAUAUUAAUUUCAAAGGAAAUAACAAUAUGAUCUUCACACAAGAUGAUGAUGAUGAAUCGAACAUGCUCCCAGCAGAUGACUUGGUAGAUUUAUCUAUUGAUAUGUGUCUAGAUCGAGAUAAUGAUAUCCAAACAAAGAAGAGCGCCUUUGAUUUUUUGAAAACGUGCAUUCUCUCAAUGAUAUCCACAACAGAAGAGAAACUUGCUGUUCCAGAUGAUUUCAAAUUUACUACCAAACAUGUGCCAAUUAAGAAAUAUUUCCACAUUUCAGCAUCUUCUCCAAAGAUUGACAAUUAUUAUCAUGAUGAAGUCAAUGUUCAAGAAUGUAAGACAACAAUGCGAUAUGAAGGUGAGAUUGCAAUGUUCAACAAGGUGUUAAAGAGUAUUUUCUUAUUCCUGAGCUAUGCUGUUAAGGAGAAUCUCACUGAGUGUAUUGAAUUUACAAAGAAUUUGAUUCGACAUUUUGCUAUUACUGCCAUUUUCAAUUCAUACAACUAUGAGGAACCUUCAAAGUUCAGAAUCAAUCAUGAUUGGUUCUAUGAAGUUCUUCUUGAUGUUUAUGAAGAAGAUUAUUAUGUUUAUGAAAUUUGUAAUGACGAACCAGACUUGGUGAUCCAAUUUGGCAUUUGGGAAAGACUUCAAUCACGAUUCACAAAAUCUCUCUAUCAACCCGAAUGGUACAAGAAAUGUGUUGGUGCAAGAGGAAUUUUGUUUUUAUGUGAAAGUAUUACUCCUGUAUGGCUUGUCCAUUAUGAGAGUGAUAUGUUGAAAGGUCUAUUCUUCUCUUUGAAAAAUCCACCGAUUCAUAUGAUUCCUCACACCAAUCAAAUCACCAUCAUGGCAGCUGAGACUCUCAUUCGGUCCUGUUACCAUACUCCCUUGUUAGAUUUUACAUUACUUUUCAGCAAUAAUAUUUCUGAAAAGAUUGAAUACAUUCAAGCAGCGCAAGUUCCUUCGACUCUUGCAGAGGGUGAAUAUAUGGUCCAUGCGGAGAAAAUGGGAAAGGAUCUUGUGUUCAAGAAACGAUCACUUUUGAGCUUGAUCUGUUCUGAACUUUCCUCACCUUUAAACCACAUUCGAAAGAUUGCUCAAUCACUCUUGCGACUGAGCUCAGAUCUGAUGAACAUUCCACUCUCAUCCAUCAUUGAUCGAUUUAGACCAGAUGCUUCUCAGUCUCAAAAGGAUCAAAAGAUGAUGGAUCUGGAAAGAAAGAUAUCGGACUCAGACAAUAAUGUUCCUGGACAAUAUAUUUCCUCUCAAUUCACAAAGGCACUUAAUCUUUUGAGAAAUGAUGAACUUUAUUCAAAAGAUACCAAGGAUCAGAAAAAACUUCUCGCCGCAAAAUUGGUUGCUCUCAAGCUAUUACGAGAGGCCAUUGUCAGCAAAGAGCUUAGGUACAAUGACAAGGACAGUAAUAAGGAUCAACUCAAAAUCAUGAUUGAAACUAUUUGCAAAUUUUUGGUGGCCAAUAACAAGGAUGUCGUGACCAUUGCAAAAACUGCACUACUGACAUACAUGUCACAAUUCAAACCACCCAAAGACUCUCUUCAACAAGCAUUGAGACAACUCAGCACCAAUUUAGUCAAGUACACACAACUGACUUUGCCUUUCGUGCACAAUGCUGCCUUUUUCUUAAAAGUGAAUUCUAACAUUCAAAUUCAGCUCUCGAAGGCAGCAUCUACUCUCUUAGAACAUUUAAAAAAGUGGGCCGACAAGCAACAAAUCAAACACAUCUCGAAUCAAAAAGAAAAACCAGUCGUUGCUGCUGAAAUUGUUGUCCUAUUUUCAAUCAUUCCAGAUACAUCCGAUCAUUUACCAGCACUCGUCAAGUUGGUUUUACUCUUAGAAUCGGUUUGGGCUGACGAAAUUAAGAGCUUGAAUCCUUUUGUUGCUCCAUUAGCCAAGUAUUUGAACAUUUAUCCAGAACAGGCCAUCAGGUUCUUAUUUGAGACAAGUGGAGAACAAUUCUGUUAUGCUCUCUCCACAAAGAGAACUCUGAAAGUUAUUAUAGAGGUUCUAAACUCGAGAAAAGCCACUAACUUGAGAGCGUAUCUAUUUGCACAUCCGAAUGUCAUCGCCAAUCUUUUGAGUAGCGUGAAUCAUGUGGAAUUUACUGAGAACCAGUCGUUUGCUUCUGAUCCAAACAAUGUUCUCAUAUUGGUAGGAAAUAUUUUCAAACUCAAUCCAACUUUAUUUGCUGCACACCGUGAAAUAUUUGAUCAAGUGCUGAGAAUAUGGACUCUCUAUUUACAACAAUUGGCUCAAAAUCCAAAUGCUAUGGAUCUCUCUUCAGAUACAACAACAACAUCAAAAGGCCAAUAUAUAACGGAGACUCAACGCAUUCGUUUUACCAAAAAUUACUCAAACUAA